GUCAAGUAGAAAUGAAUCUGACAAGAAAAGUUUCAGAUGAAAUCUUGGAAGAAGUGUUUACAUAUUUGAGUCGAAAAAUGCUCAAGAACACUGCUUUGGUGUGUGACAGACACUUUUACUGAAAAAUCAACGCAUUAUAAUUGAUGUUCAGAACCAAGACAUCACAGAAAAAGUUGGUACAAAAUUCAAAAAAUUGUCAUGUCACUACAAAAUAUUUCACAUAUUUAACUGUGAUACAAUUCAA